UACGGUUCAGCUCAACAACCAGCCACACAUCUCCUGUAGCUACUAUACCCUAGCCAGCCAUGGUAAACCCUAGCUAUUUUACUAGCGCUCCGGUUACCCAAGAGAUCCACCAGAAUGAGCUCAACUUCCACUUGUACAUGUAUCAGUGGGUCGAAGGGUCAGCACAGGUUAAUGAGAAACAAGUGGUGAAUAUAGCGCAUCCCACGGGGUUUGGAGCCAUUUACGCCAAUGACUGGACCAUGUAUGAUGGUCCUGGUCCCAAUGCGAACCUUGUCGCACGUGCUCAGGGCGUGCAUACCGGUAGUGACAUGAACCUAGGGGACUCAUGGCUUGUCUGUCUCAACAUUGUAUUCGUCGAUCAAAGGUUUCGGGGGUCUACCCUGAAGGUGGUCGGAAACUAUGGAGGACUGCCUGUAGAUGAAUGGGCAAUCGUCGGUGGGACCGGAGAGUUUGGAUUUGCACAUGGUGUUGGCACCUUCAGAAAAUAUAAGGAGAUGGGCAAUGGGAACAUGAGGGAGUUCAAUAUUCGUGUUCGCUGCCCCACUUUGCAAAUACCACCGGUGCCGACUCCUCCCAACGACAAGGAGGGGCCGUUGGGUGGCAAAGGAGGGGAAGCUUUUGACAUCCUAGGUCAUCCUCAACGCCUGGAGAGUGUGACAAUUCGAAGUGGCGACAUCAUUGAUUCACUUGCGUUCUCCUACAUAGACCAAGCUGGGAAGAAGCAAACCGCUGGUCCAUGGGGUGGUAAUGGCGGGCUCGAGGAAACGAUCACGUUUGCUCCUACAGAGACUCUGAAGAAAGUUUUUGGAGUAGUCGGUACCAUUGGAGGACACACUGUCGUUACCUCGCUUACCUUUGUCACCAAUAUUAAGAUAUAUCCAACUUUCGGAAAAGGAACAGGAGGUACUACUUUCAGCAUACCCGAGAAGAACGCUAGUGUUGUGGGCUUCUUUGGUCGCGCUGGAUCAUAUGUCGACGCAAUUGGUGUUUACAUCGCAAAUUAGGACAAGUUCCUUUUCCGAAGAAUAUAAUCGUGGGUCUAGGUGAAGCCUCCCACUUUCAUUUCAACUAUUCCACAAAUAAAAUGGACACACGUUGUCAUC